AUGUCUGUCGACCUUUUAAAAAAUGAGUCGAUGUUAAACAUCACCGGAAAUGGCGUCACCGGAAUUAAUGCCGUCAACGAUGGCAAUAGAAGUUCCUUGGAUGAAACGUCUGACGUUCCAGAAGUAGAUUAUCUGCAGAAUGUGCUGAACAGCUUAGACUACUUUGAUUACUUCUAUUUUCCAACUUUCCUGUUACUUGGCCUUAUAGGAAAUACCUUGACCGUCAUCAUCAUGAACAGGAAGUCAUUCUCCAAACUCAAUUCUCGUCUUCUUCUUAUUUGCCUUGCUUCUUCGGACACUCUCCUUCUCCUGACCCAGCCUUUCAACAAGAAAUUCGUCAUCAAGCUCAUGGGAACAGCCCUCCGGGCGCUCUCCGAUAUGGGAUGUAAGAUUUUCUUUGUCUUCUUUCGGACCGGGAAGAUGACAUCAUCAUGGAUGGUUGUAUUUCUCUGCGUCGAGCGUUUCGUAGCGGUAUGGUUCCCUUUGAAGGCGAAAAGCAUAACUACAAAAAUACGAACCAUCCUUGCACUCGCUGUCGUUUAUAUGGUAAUGAUAACAUUUAAUAGCGUGUGGUCAUUCAGCUCUCGUAUUGUCGAUGGGAUGUGCUAUCCAGAUGCUUACGACCGAAGUGAUCCAUUUCAAUCUGCUAAAUAUGCCAAUAUGAUCUACAUGGGAUGUGCUCUCUACUCCAUCGCUCCCAUGUCCAUCAUGGCCGUCCUCACAACCUUAAUUCUGUACAAACUAACAGCGUACCGACACAAACGGAAACAGCUGACGUCACAAGCCAGGAAAUCAGAUACUGAAGGCGUAAAAACAACGGCCAUGUUAUUGGGGAUCGUCGCCGCCUACAUUGUUCUCGUUUUGCCUGUUACGAUGUUACAUUUAAUGGCAUUCUUUUUCAAAAUCAAUGCGUUUGGGGAUAACGCAAAGGGUUUCCUUGUCUUCAAGGAAGUAUCGCAAUUGUUGGAACAACUGAAUUACUCCAUCAAUUUUUUCCUCUAUAUCAUGACGUCGACCCAGUUCCGAGAUGGACUGUAUGAAGUCUUAAAAAUUGAUCAAUGCAAAAUUCGUUGCAGAUCACUCAAACACAGCAGUGAGAACAAACAUCAAGUCAAGUCGACCAAAUACACCGAGAAGAAAAAUUGUAAGGGGAAUGGAAAUGCCGUAGAGGCGGACAUCGAUGCUAAAGGCGACGAAAAUGGAGGAGCACGAGGUAUCAGUCAUGAUCCAGCGUACUGUAUCGAAGUUGAACUAGAAAACAAUACCUAA